AUGCGGCCCGACGGCGGCGCGGGCGAGCGGGGCGCCGCUGCCGCGCGGGAGCCUUCGGCCCCGCUUGCGCCAGCGCCGGGCGGCGGCCGCGGGCGGCGCUGGCGGCCACGAGGCGGCGCCGCCGCCGCGGCGCUGGCCGUGCUCGCGUGCAGGGGCCUCGCUGGUGGCUGGAUCGCCGCGGGCGCGUUCGUACCCUGCUGGCGGCAGGCGGGCGGCAGGGCGCCAGGCGUGGCGAGGCGCGGGAUCAAGAACUCGGAUUUCCUCAGAAUGAAAACCGGCGACCAGAUGGGCAGCACGGGCAAGCAUUACGUGAGGUACACCGGCCACGUGCGAUGGCACCCGACGAGGAGAGUGAAGUGCGCAGGCGAUGAGGAGGCCGAGAAGAUCAUCAUGGAGACCGGAAGGAUGGCCCGGCCGCUCCGGCUCGCGAACGCGUCGAGGGUCGCGACGAAGAGGACAAUCGUGGCCAGCGACGUCGAGCGGCGCCGCAUUGCAGAGAGGGCGGGGAUCCACUGCAUCACGAAGCUCGUGGCGCAGAUGCUGAUCAGGCGGGAGGUCCACCCAGUGUGGAACCACGACCGGAUCGUGGUGUACGCCAAAAUGAGGGCCGACUAUUUAAUCCCAGAUAUCGAGUCGGGCGACCCGCUGAAGCGGGGCUUCGACCUGAAGUUCAAGGCCGCCUUCAGGGAGAACCUGGACCCCAAUCUGCCGACCAACGAGAGGCAGCUGUACAACGAGCUGGAGAGGCGCGGGAUCAUGCCCGAUUUCCAGGAGGGCAAGAUGCUAGAGUCGCUCUUGAGGUCGAGAGGCGCCCUGGAGCACGACGAGCUCCUGGACAACUUCUGGACCACGUGCAUCUUGGACAACGUUGUGGACCUGGGCGAGCUGGUUGCGCAGCACUUUGUGGCCCACGUGGAUCGGUUUCCCACCGAGGGGAAUGCGAAGAAGCUGAACAAGUACGGCAGGCGCAUGACGAAGCGAAUAGAAGCAGAUUGGGGCCUCGACUUCCAGAUGCCGACGUGGAGCGACAAGGAUCUCGAACGACAUCCCGACCACGGCAAUGUGCAGAAGGCCCACGACGACGCCCUCGGGCACCUACUGUACGAGAUAAACACGAAGGAGCAGAGAAGGGGGAUGCCAGGCAUCCAGGUCAAUAUGUACUGA